AUGACGAUCAACGACGGUGUUGCGACGUACAGCUCUAAUGACAGCUACGGAGGCAUCGUUAAUGAUGCUAUUCCUAAUGGUAUCAAUCAAACAGAUGAAGUGAGCCCGGUUGAUGGCACAAGCAGUCAAGAUAUCUCUCCGAAAAAGACCGACAAAAUUGCAGCUCCCGAGCCGAUUGCCAUUGUGGGCAUGGCCAUGCGCCUUCCAGGAGGCGUUAACAGUGCUACUGAUUUCUGGAACUUGUUGAUGGAUAAGCGCAACGGGUGCAUACGUGUCCCAGAAGACCGUUAUAAUGUGGACGCGUUCUACAGCGAGAGUGGAAAGCCAGGGACAGUUCAUACGCAGUAUGGAAACUUCUUGCAGGACAACAUCAAGCAUUUUGACGCAUCAUUCUUCUCUAUGACUCGUUCAGAGACUGAAAAGCUUGAUCCACAGGCCAGGCUACUUCUCGAAGUGAGUAGAGAAGUGCUUGAGAACGCUGGAGAGACGCAAUGGCGAGGCCAACGCAUUGGAUGCUAUGUCGGUGUUUUCGGAGAGGACUGGCAGGAUAUCCACCUGAAGGAUAGUCAGGAUGCGGGGAUGUACCGGGUUACAGGAUAUGGUGAUUUCCUAUUAGCCAAUCGCAUCUCUUAUGAGUACGAUAUGAAAGGACCCAGCGCAACUAUCAAGACGGGCUGUUCCUCGUCGCUCAUUUGUCUGCAUAUGGCAUGCAAAGCAAUUGCAAACAACGAGUGUGAUGGUGCCAUCGUUGCUGGUACCAACUUGAUCAUGUCGCCAACUAUAACAAUCGCCAUGUCCGAGCAAGGUGUGCUGUCACCGGAUGCAGCUUGUAAGGCAUUUGAUGCAAGAGCAAACGGCUAUGCCCGAGGAGAAGCAAUCAACGCGGUUUACAUCAAACGGCUCAGUGACGCGAUCAGAGAUAGGAAUCCAAUUCAAGCAGUGAUUCGAGCUACGGCUAGCAACUGUGAUGGCAGAACACCGGGAAUCUCGCAUCCAAGCUCCGAGAGCCACGAAGUCUUGAUGCGGGCUGCUUAUACUGCGGCUGGCCUCAAUGAUUACUCUGAUAUGGGAUUCGUGGAGUGUCAUGGGACAGGGACGUCAAUUGGUGACCCCUUGGAAGCGCAAGCUGUAGCCAACGUGUUUGGAGAGCGAGGAGUGUAUGUUGGAUCGUGUAAACCUAAUGUCGGCCACUCUGAGGGUGCAUCUGGGAUUACAGGAGUCAUCAAGGGCGUACUUGCUUUGCAGCACAAGACCAUUCCCCCGAACAUCAAUUUCCGAACACCAAAUCCUAAGAUCCCGUUCGAUAAGCUGAAAGUCCCAACGGACGCUAUCCCCUGGCCGAAAAGCUGCGCGGAGAGAGUCUGCGUCAAUUCUUUCGGCUUAGGUGGUGCAAAUGCGACUGUCAUUCUCGAUUCCGCUGCAUCUCAUGGCUUGCAAACACAAACAGUUCUUUCUCGGAAAAAAGAAGAGCUCCUCGUCUUCUCGGCAAAUCAUACCGACUCACUGGAGCAACUGGUUGCGAACUCGAAGGAAUUCCUCGAAACGAAUCCAGAGGCAACGGCUGACCUGGCGUACACUCUCGGUGCCCGCCGAGAGCAUCUGCCAUUUCGCAAAUUCUUGAUUACCGGCGAUAGCAUCACCGAGGGACUCACUGGAGUAAAACCAAGCUGCGAACAGACAAUCAACUUUGUGUUUACUGGCCAAGGCGCCCAGUGGGUUGGAAUGGGCAGGGAGCUACUACGUGCGUAUCCCUCCGUCCGAGAGAAUAUCAGACAACUCGAUAGUACCCUCCAGCGACUGCCAGAUGGCCCGUCUUGGUUGAUUGAAAAGGAGCUUCUCACGACGGAACCUUCCACUGAUGACGAGAAUUUUGCCAACAAGAUGGCCAUGCGGUUUGGAAAGGCGGAAUUCGCGCAGCCACUUUGUACGGCUGUGCAAAUUGUCAUCAUCAAUCUUCUCAAAGCUUGGGGAAUUACUCCGAGUGCCGUUGUUGGUCACUCCAGUGGAGAGAUUGCGGCUGCGUAUGCUGCAAAUGCCAUCACUCAAGAAGAGGCAAUCAUUGCUGCAUUUUAUCGGGGCUUGUGUGUGAAGUUACAGACGAAGCGGGGUGGUAUGGCAGCUGUUGGGCUUGGACAAGAUGACAUCAAACGCUUCUUGAUCGACGGCGUGGUUGUGGCCUGCGAGAAUAGCCCCAGCAGUGUCACAAUAUCCGGUGACGUAGAACCAAUGGAGAAAGUCCUUGAACAGAUCAAACAUGAAUUGCCCGGAGCUUUUACCAGGGUUUUGAAGGUCGAGAUGGCGUAUCAUUCCCAUCACAUGGCGGAGGUCGGACGUGAAUAUCAGGCUGCAAUCGAGGAUUUGAUUGACGCAAAGAAACCCGAGAUCGCAUUCUUCUCCAGCGUCACUGGAGAGCUGGUUAAUGCAAAUGGAUCAUUGGGCCCUGCUUAUUGGCGAGCAAAUUUGGAGUCAACAGUGCGGUUCUCUAGAGCAGUCAUGACUCUGCUGAAGGGUAGCUCAGGAGAUCAGAUUUUCCUUGAAAUCGGUCCACAUGCUGCUCUUCAGGGUCCGCUUCGCCAGAUCCUCAAAUCGUGCAACGCUCGGACUUUGAACUACUAUACCGCAUUAGUUCGCAACACCAGCGCCACUUUGAGCAUUUUGCAAUGUGUUGGGCAACUCUAUGUCCGAGGAUUACCGAUUGACUUCAAAAGCAUGGCCCCAGGCAGGGUACUCACAGACUUGAGGCCAUAUCCUUGGCACCACGAACUUGAAUACUGGGACGAAAGCCGUAUUUCCAAAGAUUGGCGUUUUCGCAAGUAUUGCCACCAUGAAAUUCUGGGAAGCCGAAUCAGCGAUGGCUCUGACCUGGAGCCAACGUGGAGAAACCUGCUCAGAAUGGAGGAGUGCUCCUGGAUUCGUGACCAUCAAGUUUCCUCUGACAUCAUUUUCCCUGGAGCAGGGUAUAUUGCCAUGGCUGGUGAAGCCAUUCGGCAGCUGACUAGCGCUGAAGACUUCACAGUCCGCGAGGUAACCCUUGCUUCGGCUAUGGUAAUCAGCGAGUCACAAAACACUGAGCUUAUAACCUCGCUGAGGCCUCUUCGUCUGACCAACUCCCUCGACUCUGUUUGGUACGAAUUCUCUAUCACAUCCUACAAUGGUGCUUCCUGGACCAAGCACUGUUUCGGCCAGGCGCGUCCCGGUCCGGAGCAUGACUUGAAACCCCCAGGACAUGAAGCGCUGCCCAGAAAUGUCUCAUCCGCAAAAUGGUAUCAAACCAUGCGAAGCAUUGGGCUCCAAUACGGGCCCAGAUUCCAGGGACUGGAUGAGAUCUCUACAGGGACGAAUCAGAUGGUCGCGAAUGCUUCAUUGUCAAAUGAGCUGCACGCCGAUGAAGCUUUUUACGCGAUGCACCCGUCUACCAUUGAUAUGUGCAUUCAGCUUUUCAGCGCCGCUGCUACCUAUGGUCAGCCACGCAGGCUUAGAUUGCUUUCGGUGCCCAGUGCGAUUGAGAGCCUCUAUAUCGCACGACCUGAGAGCAGGAUAAACAUAACCGUCGAGGCGUCGACAACUCCUAGGGGCUUAAUCACAGGUAAUGGAGCUGGAACAUCAAACGGAAAGGUCGUAUUUGAGAUCAGGGGGCUUCAGUUGCAUCCACUAGAAGACAGUGACGACCUUCGUGGUUCAGAUCCCCAUGCGGCAUGUCACAUUUAUUGGAAGCCAGAUAUUGACUUCCUUAACCCUGUUGACCUCAUCCGACCAGCAAAUGCGGGAAGUCAACGCCAGUGGUACCUCCCUGUGGAGAAGCUAGCACUCUUGUGCACGAUUGAGAGUUACAACGAGCUGAAAUCUGUUCAACCAUCGGAAAGACAUCUCACCAAAUACCAGUCCUGGUUGGAGCGAGAAUCUAUUCGCGCAGCAACAGGUGACAAUGUGCUGGUUGAAGAACCGCAGACUCUUGUUGCCCUGAGAUCUGAUGAGCGACUUGCUGAAAUCACACGUCUCACAGAGCAGGUUCUUCAGACACCAACAAGAGUUGCUGCCAUCGCAAUUCGAAGAAUUUUCGAUGCUGCGAAGGACAUCUUUGAAGGAAAAGUCAAUUCCUUGGAAUUGUUGCUCGCGGACGAUGUCCUCACCCAGUUGUAUAACUUGGGAGACCGGUGGCACCACGCGGAUUUCUUCAAGUCGCACUGCCAUGCAAAACCUUGGCUAAGGAUCUUGGAAAUAGGCGCUGGCACCGGAGGUACCACAGCCACAAUUUUUGACAGCCUUUCAUCUCACGGAGAACGGAUGUAUGGCUUGUAUUCGUACACAGACAUUUCCGCGGGCUUCUUCAUUGAGGCAAAGGAUCGCUUUGCCAAUUACUCCAACAUCGAGUAUUCCGUGUUAGAUAUCACCCAGGACCCAGCAGACCAAGGCUUUGAGGUUGCCUCCUACGACGUUAUAAUUGCGAAUAACGUUCUUCAUGCGACACCUAACAUUCGUGAGACGCUAACCAAUGUGAAGAGACUUCUUCGCUCCGACGGCUUUUUGUUCCUCGAUGAAUUGUGCUCUACUGCAAACUGGUUGAACUACAUCAUGGGCACGCUAUCUGGAUGGUGGCUGGGUGAAGCUGAUGGACGUUCCUGGGAGCCGUAUGUUAGUCCUGAGAGAUGGGCACAAGAGUUGGCAGCUGUGGGAUUUAGCGAGCCAUCCAUUUUCUAUGAUGAUGAGGCUCCAUAUCAGGCCAACGCUCUCAUUGUCUCACGUAUCAAGCCGGUUGAGGAGACACAAACUCCAAAACUUAUCUCACUACUCUGCGACAACUCCACUCAGCUUCCCCUUGUUGCCGAAAUAGAGAACAAACUGACAAGGUCGGGCUACAUGGUCGAGCAUUCUACACUGAAGGAUCCGCCGAAACCAGGGCAGGACAUUGUCUCUGUGCUGGACUUGCAGGAACCUUUCCUUGAGAGGAUAUCUGAGCAGCGUUUCAACGAUCUGGUGCAAUUUUUCCACGCUUUAGAUGCAGAAUCCGGUGUCCUAUGGCUGACUAGAGCGGUGCAAGUAAACUGCAAGGACCCGAGAUGGGCGCAGUCGCUUGGCUUCACGCGCACCAUUCGCAACGAACUCGCAGUGGACGUGGCCACCCUGGAGCUUGACACCCUAGAGUGCGAAGCCAGUGGGGCGGUGAAAAACGUGUUGAAGAAGUUCCAGCAUCGUACGAAGACUGAUGGCUAUGACCCCGACUAUGAAUGGGUUCUCGAUAGCGGGAAGAUUCACCUUGGGCGGUUCCGCUGGUUCUCCGUCAAUGAUGGGCUUCGUCGCACCAGAUCUGACAGUCAUCUCCCCAAAAGACUUGAAAUUACCAAGCGAGGCUUCCUUGGAACCCUUAGAUGGGUGCAGCAUCCCAUACAAGCCUUGGUUGAUGAUCAGGUUGAGGUCGAGGUCCGCGCUGUGGGCAUGAAUUUCAAGGAUGUACUUAUCGCGCAGGGAAUCGUCGACGGACACCCGAGCGAGGGCAAUGGCCUCGGCUGCGAAUGUGCUGGUGUCAUUCGCCAAGUUGGGCCCAAAGUGCAGAACCUUACGGUAGGAGACAGAGUCGUGGUAUUUGCCGGUGGAUCUUAUUCGACCUCACUGGUUACAAAAUCGUCACUCUGCGCCAGAAUCCCUCCCGAAUUAUCAUUCGAGGAAGCUGCCACAAUGCCCUGUGUCUACAGCACGGUGAAUGUCUUAAUCCACUCCGCGUGCGGCGGCAUUGGUAGUGCUGCUAUUCAAAUCUGCCAGAUGAUAGGUGCAACAAUUUACGCAACGGUGGGAACCGAAGAAAAGACGCAAUACCUUGUGGAUACAUACGGCAUCCCUCAAAGUCACAUAUUCAACUCUCGUAAUGCGACCUUUCUUCCCAACGUUCUUCAAGCCACCAACGGACGCGGCGUUGACCUUGUGAUCAACUCGCUUUCGGGCGAACUACUACACGCAUCUUGGAAGUGCGUUGCAGCAUACGGAUCAAUGGUGGAGAUUGGCAAGCGUGAUUUCAUCGGCCGUGGCAGGCUGAACAUGGACAGCUUCGAAGCAAACCGAGCCUUCUUCGGCGUUGACUUUGCCCAGAUCUGUGCCGAGAGACCCGAUAUUGCCGAAGACAUCUUGGGAGAAUGUGUUCAAUACUACAUCGCCGGAUCCAUUCGCCCUAUCACCCCAGUGACGUACUUUCCUGCUGACAGAAUCCAAGAGGCGUUCCGCUUCAUGCAGAAAGGGUCUCACAUUGGCAAGAUUGUCAUUACUAUGCCCGAGGACUCAAAUUCUUUGUCCACAUUAGGGAGGCAGGAAAAACUGGCUUUGCGACCAGAUGCUUCUUACCUACUCGUUGGCGGCCUGGGUGGUCUCGGUCGUGCCGUAUCCACCUGGCUAGUUGAGAACGGUGCCAAGAACCUGGUCUAUUUGUCGCGCUCUGCUGGUCAAUCCAUUCAAGACAGGCAGUUCUUUCUGGAGCUUCAAGACCAGGGCUGCUCUGUUCAGGCAUUCCCGGGUGAUGUCUCCGUUCUUGGUGACGUCGAGCGCACGAUUCAGGGUGCGCGAUUGCCAGUCGCAGGGAUUCUUCAGAUGUCGAUGGUGUUGAAGGACAAAAAACUGGACCAGAUGUGCCUCAGUGACUGGGGGGCCGCCAUCAAGCUUAAAGUCGACGGAACCUGGAAUCUUCACGAAGCGACCAAGUCGAGUCCAUUGGACUUCAUGGUACUGUUCAGUUCAUUCUCUGGUAUAAUGGGCCAACGUGGGCAAGCCAAUUACGCUUCAGCAAACACUUUCCUAGAUGCUUUCGUGCAAUAUCGCCAUGCUAAUGGCUUGCCAGCAUCGGUCCUGGACAUUGGUCCAAUCGAAGAUAUUGGCUAUGUCAGUGCAAAUAAAAAGGUCCUCGAUCAGUUCAAGGCCACAAAUAUCCAUGUUCUGCGAGAAAUCGAUCUCCUUGAAUCUCUGCACCUAGCCAUUCUCUCGUCCUCACCAGUCUCCUGUGAGGAUGGCUUCGUCAAUAAAAGCCAAAUCGCCAUCGGCCUUCGAAUGACUGUACCAUCACAAGCGCCAAACAACCGAUGCAUUUGGAAACGUGAUCGACGUACAGCAAUCUACCGCAACAUCGAACAGGUCGAAGAAUCGACAGACUCCGGCUCAGCAGAUGGAGGACUGCGUCAAUUCCUCGCCGACGCGGCAGCCAAUCCGGCCAUCCUCAACGAACCCAACAGUGCCCUGUUUCUCACGAAAGAACUGGGGAAGACGCUGUACGGAUUUCUGCAGAUCUCAGAGGAGGAAAUCGACGUCUCCCGGUCCAUCUCCAGCAUGGGUGUGGACUCGCUUGUGGCCAUCGAGCUACGUAACUGGUGCCGACACAAAAUGGGACUGGAGAUUACGGUGCUGGAGAUUCUCGACUUGCCGAAUCUAGGGGCCUUCGGGCGUUCUGCUGCGCAGCGUCUCUACUCGAAGUACGGAGGCGGCGAAGGGCAUGUCCGUGAUUCAUUCCUGACUAUGAAAGCACCAUGA